GCUUGGAGUGGAAGUGAUCUCUGCACGAUGCAUCCUCUUUAGUACUGCCUCGACUCUGCCUGCGGCGUUGCGGUUACGUGUCACUACGUGCAAGACACCAAUUCGCUCUCCAUAGAGACCAAAGUUCUUGGAGAAGGACUGUGCCACAGCAAAUUCCAUGGCGCCAUUCGAGCGCGCAGAGGCGGUUCGCGCCCGAAUCGGUCAGGCAUACCAGAAUGUCGGCGCGCACUGCUUCCCCGUGGUUGAGUUUGCGCUCGUCAAGGUCUUUAUCGACUACAAGGCCUUUGACGCGCUCCCGGAUGAGGGCGACAUGUUGGUUUCUGAGUUGGCCGCGAAGGUCGGUGGCGAGCAAGAAUUGGUCGAGCGUAUCACCACCUUCUUCAUUGCAGCCGGAAUCCUGGUAUCCGCUGCCCCUGGCCGCGUCGCUCACACGGCCAGGUCUCGCCUCUUCAAGUCCAGCGAGCCCACCGCGUGGCUCUACAUCCACGUGUUCAACAAUAUCAUCCGCCCCGUGGUUCAGUUUCCAGCCUUCUUCGCGAAGCACGGCUUGGCUUCGCCCAAGAGCGCCAGGACCACCCCGCUUGGCCUGGCCUUCGGCUAUGAGGACAAGGCCGUUUACGACAUCCUCGUUGCCGACACACAGACACACAAGGGAUUCAACAACGCGCUGAGGGAGCUCGGAGCCAUGUAUUCUUUGAAAGGCGUCUACGAUUUCCGCUGGAUGCAGGGAGUCAUUUGGGGGCCGCGGCCUGCGAUUGUGGACGUUGGUGGGAGCAGCGGGUAUGCUCUGCGGGAUGCCCUGCGCAACAACCCGUUUAUCCCGCCGGAGAAAUGCGUCCUCUUUGAUCUCCCGAAGGUGAUCGAGAAUACCAAGAGCAACCUAGACGAGAGCCUGCUCUCGGUGCAGCUAGUCGGCGGCGACAUGUUCGAGCCGUAUCCGGAAGGCCUCCGGGGCGCGCUCGUCUACCAGUUCCGCCGCGUCUUCAACGACUUCCCCGACGACAAUGUCGUGCAGGCCUUGCAGACCGUCCGGAAUGCAGCGGCGCCUGAUACGCGGAUCUUGGUUAUCGAGGAGAUGCUGAGCGCGAAACCUAACGUCAUGAACGUCACGAUGGACAUCGCUCUCAUGUGUGCCGCUGGUAAGAGACGGAAUGCCGCCAUGUUCAGCGAGUUGGCCGGACGUUCUGGCUUCCGGCUCAAUGCCGAGUUCCAUAAAACGUCCGACGAGUUUGACGACUUUAGUGUGCUCGAGUUCGUGGUAGGCUGA